AUGCAAUGGCAAACCAUCGAGGUGAAUGGUGGUCUUGAGCACAUCACUCAGCAAUCGUUUGCUCGUUUAAAGCGAAAUGUUAGUCAGGCAACUAAUACUGCAGAUGAAGAAAUACUUGACGUGCCUGAUAUGCCUGAUAUGCCUGAUGUGCCUGAACUUGCUGGUCGCUCAGAAAUCUCUCGAGCCCCUAAGUUGCCUGAUUUCCCUAAAGAUGUUGAAGAUAAACCGCUGAUUCCCUAUCACCUAGCCCCGGCCCAGCAGUCAUCAAACUAUUCGACAGAGCCACCAAGCAAUAGAGAGCCAGCACUUGUCCUUUCAGCCGUUACUGGACAAGAUCUACCAGCCUGGCAGGAGCAAACAAGUUUGGAAGAAAAGCUCGAAUUCUAG